UCUACGUCACAAGAACGCAUGUUCCGAAUGUUAUCACUUGUGUUUCAAAAACAUCACAACAUGUCAUGUAAAAUAUUAUAAAAAUGACCAAAUUGUAAUUUUAAUCCAAGUUUUUUUGUUUCUCGUGAAGAAUUCAGCUUCACAUCUCAAUCAGCCAUGAUCUUAUUGCUGAGAUGUCACACGGUUACAAAUCUGCGAAGAUUACUAACAACCCACCGAAAAUAUGCCACUUCUUGGGUGAAAACUGAUUCAUCAAGAAUACAAUCUAUCAAACCAAAGACUGCCAAAACAACUAUAAUAAAAAAAUUCUGCAUCCUUCCCGGCGUUCUUCUACAAGGCAUAGCGGUUGUAAAAUGUAGCUCGAAGGAUCCUUCGAACGCUGUUAUCACCACUGAAAUCCAGAUCGAAGAACCAGAAACAUCUUUCGAUUGGAAUUUAUUAUGCAGUUUGCUAGCUUCUGAGAUAUGGAGAUUGUUGCUAGCUGUUGUGGCUGCUGUAGCUGUAGCCAUGAUAAACGUUCAAUUACCUCUUCAUUUAGGUAAAGUUAUCGAUGUUUUGUCUAAUGCAACGUUGAAUCAAAUCGAUUCUUCGUUCUUACAUCAGCUGAAAGAACCAGCCAUUCGACUACUUUGUAUUUACGCGCUGCAGGCUUUCUUCACUUUCGUUUACGUUGAUUUAUUAGCUACAGUCGGAGAAAAUUUAGCUAGUAAUUUGAAGAAUAAAUUGUUCAUUUCGAUUAUGCAACAAGAUUUGACGUUCUUUGAUAAAAACCGUACCGGAGAAAUCAUCGAUAGAUUAACUACCGAUGUUCAUGAGUUCAAAAGUGCCUUCAAAUUAUGUGUAUCUCAAGGUAUAAGGAGUAGUACUCAGAUUGUGGGAUGUGUCAUAUCGUUAAUUACGAUCUCGCCUGAAAUGACCGGAGUUAUGUUGUUAAUUUUACCGACUUGUAUUUUGAUCGGUUCUAUUCUCGGAUCGAAUUUACGAGUAAUGUCUAGACGAGCUCAAAAUCAAGCAGCUUGGUCAACCAUCUUAGCCGAAGAAGUGAUCGCCAACAUGCGUACAGUUCGAGCUUUUGCCAUGGAAGCUCACGAAUGCGAAAAAUUCAAAAAAGAGAUAGAAAAAUCUAGUCAUUUGUUUAAAAGACUUGGUUUUGGUAUAGCUAUCUUUCAGGCUGGUACGAAUAUUUUCUUGAAUGGUAUAGUCCUGUUGACGCUGGGCAUGGGAGGAUAUAUGUUAUCGUUGAAGAAAUUAUCAGCUGGAAAUAUCAUGUCGUUUUUGGUAGCAAUGCAAACGAUACAGAAAUCUUUAGCCCAGGUGUCUUUAUUAUUCGGAUAUUUCGUCAAAGGAAUAGCUUCGGGAAAUCGAGUUUUUCAAUUCAUCAAGCUAGAUCCUAAAGUACCUUUAAUAACUAACGCGAUUAAUGUACCUAAACAAUUCAAGGCUGAUAUCAACUUUAAAAAUGUCACUUUCAGUUAUCCAACUAGACCCGAACAAAUAAUUCUAAAAAAUUUCAAUCUAACGAUACCUGCCGGUAAAGUUGCAGCCAUCGUAGGCUCAUCCGGAAAUGGUAAAUCGACCGUAGCUGCUUUAUUAUUAAAAUUCUACGAUGCUAACGGUGGACAAAUCGAAAUCGGUGGUCGAGAUAUAAAUGAUUUAGACGAGAACUGGUUGCGCGGUAAAGCGAUUGGUUUCAUUAAUCAAGAACCUGUUUUGUUCGCUUCUUCUAUUAGAGAUAAUAUCAGAUAUGGUAACCCUUCGGCUACCGACGAAGAAGUUUAUGAAGCGGCUAAAUUAGCCAACGCUGACGAUUUCAUCAAAACUUUCCCCAGAGGAUACGAUACAGUCGUAGGUGAAAAGGGAACAGCUAUAUCGGGUGGUCAAAAACAACGUAUUGCGAUAGCUCGAGCUUUUCUGAAAAAUCCCUCUAUACUUGUUUUGGACGAAGCCACGAGUGCUCUAGAUACGAUAUCUGAACAACAGGUUCAACAGUGUUUGGAAUCAGUGAUGAAAGGAAAAACCGUAUUAGUAAUCGCUCAUCGAUUAUCUACUAUUAAAAAUGCUGAUAUGAUUGUUGUACUUGAUAAUGGCGAAAUUGUCGAAGUUGGACGACACGAUGAUCUUAUGCAGAAGAAAUCUUUCUACUGGAAUUUAAUGAAUAAACAAGAAAAAAUUAGAAAACCGGAUGCUUGAACUUGAAGCUCAUAAAAGAUGAAAAUAAAAAUUAAUUUUCAAGUUUUUGCAGAGGGAAUGGUUGAAAUUUAAACACUAUGUUAUUAAAUUUAUCCAAGUAUUAAUCAAUUUACCUCACCUCUCGACAUCAUUUUUCCACCUUCCUCCGCCUUUUGAACAAAAAUGCAUACCGAUGUAAUUAUGCAUAUUUUUUUAAUAUUGUAGAAUUUAAUUCUGAUCGAAGUGAUAUUUCGGCUGUGUGAAUUAGAUUAUGUUGAUGUAUUUACUGCAUAAACGUGAAAUAGAUUGAAGAUUUAAAAAC